AUGGAAGAGGAGCCACAGCAAGAACUUCUGACGGAGGAUCAACUUGUGGCGAGAUGCGUCGAAUGUUUUGACAUCGACGCCGACGACGAGGUUGAUGACAUCCAAUUCGCCGACGCCUUGUUCUUGAGUCACCAGUGGUUGAGUGAUAGUUUGAGUCUCAUCACACAUUUUGUGAAUUAUUAUCAGGAAACCCGAGACAUCGAACACCGCGAGGCGGUAUGCCGCGCCGUCGCCUUCUGGAUCGAGAAGUUCCCAAUGCACUUCGAUGCUCAACCACAAGUGUGUGCUCAAGUCGUCCGUCUGAAAACGAUAGCCGAGGAUGUGAACGAGAGCAUCCGAAAUGGGUUGGACGUAAGCUCGCUACCAUCAUUCGCUUGGCUUCGUGCUGUGUCUGUAAGAAAUCCGCUUGCCAAGCAGACCGCCUUCUCCCUAUCGUUUGUUCAAGCCUCGGCCAGCGACAUCUCCACGUCACUAUCCCAUAUUGACUACCGCGUCUUGUCGAGGAUUUCGAUAACCGAACUGAAACAAUACGUGAAAGAUGGGCAUUUGAAGUCGUGUCCGAUGCUGGAGAGGAGUAUUUCUGUGUUCAAUGAUCUUCCAAACUACAGUACUCGUUCAACCUACAUAACCUCGGACUACUGUAACAGCAGAGAUCCUGGAUCCAGACUAGACUACAGUAAUCCUCUAGGAUCCAAAAACAUCCACAGGAUCCUCAAAACUACAGUAGUCUAUGGGAGUAGUCAUUGGUGCUUGGCUACAGUAACCUCUGGAAUCCUGGAUCCUGGAUGCAGACUACAGUACUCCCUAGGAUCUGAAACAUCUGGAAUACAACAAAACUACAGUAAUCCUACAGACUAA